AUGUCCGGCUAUUUGAGAUAUAUAUAUAAUUCAGAGAAAAAUAUUUUCAUUAUUUGGCAUUUAUUUGCUUUUGCUAGAAUGAGAAUUCAUUCAUUUAGAUUGUUUUAUAAACAAUAUCCACAAUAUUAUGAUGGUAUUUUGUUCAAUAUUUGGCAAAGUAUGAAACAAUAUGGAUUCAAAUCUUUUUUACAGCAAAAGAUUUCAAUUCUAAGCUAUAUUAAAGCUUAUGAUGAAUUGGAAAUUAAAGCAAAUAAUUGGAUGGAAAUAUUAAAACAAUUGAGUAUAUUUGAAAGAGAAAAUGUUGCAUUUAUGUAUAAAGGAAUUGAAUAUACAAGGGAAAGAAUGUUAAUGUCCCUUCAAGAAGCUGAAAAUAGUCAAGAAAACAUAAUAUUUCCAGCUUUUUUUAUGCCUGAUAAAGAUGUGAAUUUGCAAACACACUAUCAUUUAUUAUAUCUUCAUCCUGGUAAUCGUUUUAAAAUCAUCUUUGCAAUGUUUGAUAAUUAA